UACUUCACUCUCACCUGCUCAUUAACACGUUUUCACAGUGGGACACAGCAUUUUUUCAGCCGAAAAUGCGACUUUUGAAUAUUAUAGUAACAUAAGUGUACACAGCUUGUAGCCUAAAACUGCAUAUAGUAAGUAGCACAAGGACGAUUUGAUGAAAACAAACUGCACACAGUUCGAGUUACAGUAACAUGAGACGAAUGUGUUGGGUUUAUUGUUCAUGUAUAUUUAGGGUGUGGUAAAGUACGUUAUAAUAAAAAUCCUAGCCACAAGAACUCAUUCAUCUGUGACUAGGAGGCAACUCGUCUUUCGAGGAAUAGGUUGUGAAAAUGGAGUCUUUGUCUGCAGCAAACACCCAAUUCUCUCUCAAUGUGUUUAAGAAGAUCAGUGAGAUAAACACUAGUGGAAAAAAUGUCUUCUACUCUCCUCUCAGCAUCUCCUCGGCUCUGGCCAUGGUGUCACUUGGGGCUAAAGGAAACACAAAAGAUCAGAUCAUACAGGUUCUGUGUCUUAAAAAAUCUGGACCAGAUACUAAGACAGCUGAUCAGGAGGAUCUCAUUCAUUCCAGCUACAACAAACUCAUGAGCGAGUUGAACGAACCAGGAGUCCCAUAUAUGUUGAGUCUUGCCAAUCGUCUGUAUGGAGAGAAAUCCUAUCAGUUUAUUGAUAAAUUCAUUAGUGAGUCACAGAAAUACUACCAGGCUGGACUGGAGUCUGUGGACUUCAUAAAAAACUCAGAAGCUGCACGCAUCAACAUCAACAACUGGGUGGAGGAAAACACACAAGGAAAGAUCAAGGAUUUGGUGGCUGUGGGGUUCCUCAAUGAUUCAACACGUUUGGUUUUGGUGAACGCCAUCUACUUCAAAGGGACCUGGGACACAAUAUUCCAAAAGAAAGACACUGUUGAUCAACAGUUUAAAGUGAACAAGAAUGAAACUAAACCAGUGAAGAUGAUGAAUCAGACGGCACACUUUUCUCUGACCUUCAUCGCAGAGGUGAACAGUCAGAUCCUGGAGCUGCCGUAUAUCGGGAGGAAUCUGAGUAUGUUGAUCAUCCUUCCAAAUGAGAUUGAAGACGACACCACUGGACUUCAGAAGCUGGAGAAAACACUGACCUAUGAGAAGCUCAUGGAGUGGACCAAACCUGAAAACAUGACUUUUGCAAAAGUAGAGAUAUCUCUGCCUAGAUUCAAGCUGGAACAAACUUAUGACAUGAAGAAUCUACUGGUGAGACUGGGAAUGGUGGAUGCUUUUGACAUGGGGAAGGCAAAUUUUUCAGGCAUGUCCUCCAAAAAUGAUCUGGUGGUGUCUGGGGUGAUUCAUAAAUCCUUUGUUGAAGUCAAUGAAGAGGGAACAGAAGCAGCAGCGGUAACUGGUCUUGUCAUGACGACCUGUAGUAGAUACUAUACCCCUCCAAAGAUCUUCAAUGCUGAUCAUCCCUUCCUGUUCUUCAUCCGACACAAUACCACCAACACCAUUAUUUUUUAUGGACGCUUGUGCUCACCAUGAGCUCCUCCUGCUGGUUUGACCUUCUGAAGAGCUCUAGACUGGGGUUAUGGUCAUGAGCUGUCUACUGUAUCUCAUAUCUAAUAAAAGGUUUCGGUGUAUAAGAACAGUUUAUAAAUGGAAAUGUUGUGUUUAUAUACUGAAUAUAACCAAAUGUUUGUUUCCCUAUGCUUGCAUAAAAUGCACUUCAUUACAAAUGCUAUUAAACAACUUUAAGAAUUGAACUAAACAUGUCUGUGACAGAUACUUUACGUUACGCAAG